AUUUGCACUUUGAAAGUCGCAAGAGUCACUUGCUAAGAUGGUUGCAGCAUUGAUAUGAUUAUUAUAGAUGUUUUUGGUAAUGAAGAAAAAUGAAGGCAACGAGAAAAACCGUCGUCAGUGACAACGCACGCUUGCACUUGCCAUAAGCACUCAAGUCCUUAGCUAACUUAACCCAUCUCCACUACCAUUACUAGAAACCCAUCCAGUAAAACUCUAUAAAUAGAAACCCUCCUUGGAUCUCUUCUUUCCUCAUAUACACUCUUACACACCGCGUUAUCUACUACACAAUUGCAACUCAUCUCUCUCCCUUUCUAUUGCCUUUCUAUACAUAGAAACUAGUUGCAACAUACUGUAACUGUAAUGGCUAAGUUGAGCUUCUCCUUAUGCUUCUUGUUGUUUCUUCUGCUAGCCUCAGUCGCCAUGGGAAGCCGUCCUCUUGAGCGGGCUCCAAUAGGGGUGAAGGUGAGAGGUCUAAACCCUUCUAUUAAGGCUAAGAGCGCGACUGCACUGGAUGUUCAAGCUUCAGGUAGCAGCAACAGCAGCCAUGGAAAAACUCCAGAGCGGUUAAGCCCUGGAGGACCCGACCCGCAACAUCAUUAGUUAUUUAGGAUUUCCUUUAUAAUCAAGUGAGUUGUUCUCAAUUUCUUUGAGAUUUGUAUUUCUUAUCAAUAAUUUGGUUGCAAUGAAUCUGUUUUUUUCUUUUAUAAUAGAAUUAUGAAUUUGGGUUUGUAAGAUUAUUACAAAGUAUAACAGUUCUGUUGAUAUAAUAUUUGAAGUUUCGUUA